AUGGGUCUCAUGAAACGCAACAUAUCCGUCAAGAUCUAUGACCAAGCACGAUCAUUCCGCGAAAUCGGGGCAGGGGUGGCUUUCGCACUCCAGUGCAUGGCACUGCUAGAUCUAUCGAUAGUCGACGCCGUUAACGCGGUAGCCACGCCAAACGGCGAUGAUGCGAACAAUCCGAAUGACUACCGGCGGUAUCACGACGGGUAUCACUGGGACCCCGAAGACCCCGAAGGGACGGACGACAAGCUCCUGUUCCUCCUGCACUCAGGGUAUAAAGGCUUUCAGGGAUGCCAUCGUGCCGCUCUACUUGACGAGCUUGUCAAGCAUAUCCCUGCGCAUGCAGUCGAAUUUGGCAAGCGCUUCGAAUCCUACGUUGACACGGGCUCGGGGCAGAAGGUGCUUUUGCAGUUCCGCGACGGUACCACGGCUGAAGCAGACGCUGUCACAAGGUCGCUUACCGCGCACUCAUCCCCAUGGAACGCGCAGAGCCGGUGUGAGGGCUCAUUCAAGGCGCGGAAUCAGCACAUGCACAUGGGACCUAGUGCACAUGUCCUGCAUUUCCCUGUUGCAGGUCACACCGUGCUCAACUUCGUGACGUUUGUCGACGAGCCGGCCGACUGGCCUUUGGGAGACCCGAGCGGCGUGGGCAACAUGACUGCGCCAGCUACGCGACAGGACAUGGCUCGCGCAUUCAAGGGCUGGCGGCCGACGGUGUCAAACCUUGUAGAACUAUUACCUGAUGAGAUGGACCAGUGGGCGAUAUUCGACACGUACGACCAUCCAGCUCCCACGUUCGUCCAAGGACGUGUGUGCCUAGCUGGGGACGCGGCCCACGCCUCGUCGCCGCAUGACGGCGCGGGUGCUGGCAUCGGCGUCGAGGACGCCCUGGCACCCCGCACACUGCUGGAGAAAGCCACGGCGACUUUAUCCCAGCACCCAGAGGCAGAUGUGGCCUCGAUCAUCGAAAGCUCAUUCAGCGUUUACGACAAGGUGCGACCGCCACGCAGCCAAUGGUUGGUGAAGAGCAGCCGUAAGGCAUGCGAUAUCUACGAGUGGAACUACCCUGAUACGAAGACGGACUGGUACAAGUGCCUCAGCGAAAUCACGGCUGGAUCGCACAAGCUUUGGUACUUUGAUAUCCAGGGCAUGUUGCGGGAGCUGAAUGAAGGGUACCAGGAUCUUUUCCCUGCCGGGUAUGUCGCCAUUGGUUCGGCGAAGCUCUCCAUCGGGCUGGAGAAUGGUAAUGUACAAGCAGCGCAUUGA